AUGCACCAAACAUCAUCGAAAUUGCUCAGAAUGACGGACGAUGAUCGGCCAUUCACCAGGGACUUCAAGGACCUGUUCAGUACACUCAUGGUCAGUCUGCCUCUGGGGCCACAUCGCGUGCGCUUCUCCAGGAUAGAGCACACUUUCACAACAUUAGAGUUGACCACGAAUCUGGGAUCUCUCAAAUUUUCGCAAUCCAACCGAAUGCCUGACCCCAAGGAUACCUCACGGAUAGUAACCACCACGACCACCACAACAUUCUCCAUGGCGAGAGAAAUGGCAAAAUCUGUUUGCCAGCGGUUCCUGGAUGCGAGAUUCAUCGAGUCUGUGGACGGCAAGACAGACUUCUCAUCGAAGAACUCGGUAUGGCAGCUCACACCCAAAGGCAUGAACAUCUUGUCACGAUUCUGCCAACGCAACGGCAUCGCCCAAAGACAUGUCAACGAUCUCCUAAAUUCGCCGCGAAACAUCAUGCAGCUGGUCACCUUGGAAAGAGAUCCCGAGACCGACAAGUUGAGCUACGACCAAGCUGUGAUAGACAUUAUUUUCCGACGUUUCGCUGGUGACACUGGCCCCAACCUCAAGGUGGGCUCGUCAUCAUCAGAUUCCGAUUCGAACAGCGAUUGCGUCAACGGCAUUGCGGGUGUAAGGAUGGUGCGUGCUAAGCGAGGCGACAAGAAUUCACCCUAUGUGUUCACAGGCAUCGCUGCGUUCGACUGGUUGAUGGAAUGUUGCACGACAGUCGACAAGCGAGAAGUUUUCGACAUCGCCAAUGCGUUUCUCAACGCCGAUCUCAUCGAGCUAUACAUGGCCGACCGAUCACAAAGCAGUAGUCAAGCGUCACAAGCAACUGGGUUCCGAGCAUCAAAGUCUGUAACCUACGCUGUGACGAUGAAAGGCAUGAUAGUCGCUGGGUGGGUUGCGAGUCCAACCGGUACGGCGAACGGCGAAAGAACCGCCGCACCUGUCAAGCCGACAAAUGGUGUGUCUCGCGACUCGAACACCAACCGCAUGACUGUCAUUAUUCGGGAUCCGGCUCUCCGGCUACUUUUUAGGGAAUACCUCAGAGAGACUCACUGCGAAGAGAACUUGGCAUUUUAUGUGGAGGUGAAAUCGUUUCUCGCGGACUACGAGCGGGCAAAGCGCGGUCCAGCAGCACCCAGGCAGGAUACGAUCAGGGAGACCCUCGCGUCCGCCUACAGCCUUUACAACGCAUUCCUUGCACCAGGCUCACCAUGCGAGCUCAACAUCGAUCACACCCUACGAAAUGCUCUUGCCGGUCGCAUGACCCGGUCAGUCGGUGAGGACGAACAGCUGAUCAAGAGCCUGGACGAGGUCGCUGCCCUCUUUGACCAGGCACAAAGCAGCGUGUUCAAGCUCAUGGCCAGUGACUCGGUGCCAAAAUUCUGCCGCGACCCCAAGUAUGCUGCUGUCCUCCGUGAGCGAAAGCUCGAGAACAUGAUUGCAGCAGUCCAGAUCAGCUAG